AGCUUGUCAUCUUCGUCGGGACAUCGCACAAGCGCUCAUAGAGAGACAGUGUGAUACUCCUCCGGCCCCAUCCCACCCUAACGUCGCCGCCUCAGGCGUCCUCUCCAGCGCUCAACGCCAGUGGAAGCCGAACGGAGACGACACCACGUACGUUGCUUCUCAAACGUUCGACGAGGGCACACGCUAACUCGUUAGCCGGCUCGCUAGCCAGACACUCAGCUAGCCAGUCAGAGCCAGUCAGCCGGCCCGCGGACGACGACGUUCCUCGCUCGGCGCUGCAGCCUUCUCCCACCCCGCCCGGCUCUGGCUAUGGCAGCAGGGCGUCCACCGGCUGGGUCUCCCCGUCUCCCCGUCGUCGUCGUCCUGGUCCUCCUGCUCGCUUCGGUGCGGCGCGGAGGCUCGUUCAACUUGGACGCCGAGCGACCGUCGGUGUUCGACGGCCCGUCGGGGAGCUACUUCGGCUUCUCGGUGGACUUCUUCAAACCCCCCAACAAUCAACAGUCGGACGUCCUGAUCGGAGCGCCGCGGGCCAACACGUCGGGCGACGUGGUGGAGCGCGGGGCGGUCUACAGCUGCCCCUGGAGCAGCGCCGGCAGAUGUCGCCAGCUUCUCUUUGACUCCUCAGGUGACAGGAAGAACGCCGGCGGUGCGCAGAUGGAGUUCAAAACCAAGCAGUGGUUCGGCGCCUCGGUGCGGUCGGACGGCGAGCAUAUUCUGGCAUGCGCACCACUCUACCAGUGGUCCACGUUCGGCGUGUCGGAGCGUGAGCCGGUGGGAACGUGUUUCCUGAAGAAAGGCGCCACGGUGGUGGAAUAUUCUCCCUGUCGAUCAAGUGCAAACUCCCCGGAGGGACAGGGCUUCUGCCAGGCGGGCUUCAGCGCAGACUUCCUCAAGCUGGACAAGCGAGUGGUGGUGGGAGGACCAGGAAGUUUCUACUGGCAAGGUCAGCUGAUAUCUGACGACGUGUCAGAAAUCUUCACCCGUUUCGACAGCAGUUACAUCAGCCUGUACGGAAACACACUGGCAACCAAGUCGGCCGGCGCGCAGUACGACGACAGCUACCUCGGAUACUCGCUGACGGUCGGAGACUUCAACGAUGACGGAAAAGAAGAUUACGUGACGGGUGUGCCGCGGGGGGACAAAGCACUGGGUUACGUGAACAUCUUCAAUGGCCUCAACAUGGAGUCCAUGGUCAACUUCACAGGAAGUCAGAUGGCCGCGUAUUUCGGACACUCAGUUGCUGCCAGUGACGUCAACCAGGAUGGUUUGAUGGACCUGCUAGUGGGCGCUCCUCUCUUUAUGGACCGAGGGUCUGAUGGAAAGCUGAGGGAGGUUGGACAGGUGUGUGUGUUCUUGGGUCGAGGUGGGUUCUCCUUCCAGCCUCCCCAGAUGCUCACCGGCUCCGAAGUGUACGCCCGAUACGGAUCGUCCGUCGCGGCGCUGGGAGAUCUGGACAUGGAUGGCUACAAUGAUGUUGCCGUCUCUGCCCCCUAUGGGGGUCCGGAGCACCUGGGCCAGGUGUACAUCCACAACGGCGGUCCUCAUGGACCCUCACACACGCCUUCGCAGGUCCUGCAGGGCAAAUGGGCAUCCAACUACAUGCCCGCCAGCUUUGGAUACUCCAUGACGGGAAACACGGACAUAGACCGCAACGGCUAUCCAGAUUUACUAGUUGGAGUGUUUGGAGCUGACAGGGCAGUUUUGUACAGAGCGCGGCCAGUGAUCAGCGUGAACGCCACGCUGGACGUCAGCCCUCAAAUCAUCAACCCGGAGGAGAAGAGCUGCUCGCUUCCGGCGUCUGGCACAUCAGUCUCCUGCUUCAAGGUCAAGUACUGCCUGAAGGCGAGCGGCCGAGGAGCGCCUUCCUCCCUCACAUUCCGCGUGGACGUUCUUCUGGACCGUCUGAAGCAGAAAGAAGCCGCCAAGCGAGUACUCUUCCUACACGGACGAAGCGUCAACUACGCCAAGAACAUCACACUAAGCAACGGCGGAGGGCCGGCGUGCGAGGAACAGCACGUCUUCUUAAGGGACGACCGUGACUUCCGCGACAAGAUCACUCCGAUCUCUGUGGUUCUUGAGUACACGUUGGACUACCAGCGCGCCAAAGACAAGAACGGACUGCUGCCCAUUCUCGACGUGGCCGCGCCGCCCAACGUCACCAGACAGGCUCACAUCCUGCUGGACUGCGGCGACGACAAUAUCUGCAAACCUGACCUGAGGCUGUCCGUCCAGAGCGACCGCUCCGAGAUAGCCAUCGGCGAUGACAACGCGGUGACGCUGGAGAUCGCCGCAGAGAACCGCGGCGAGGGCGCCUAUGAAGCUGAGCUACACGUCUUUCCGCCGCAGCAGGCCGACUUCACCGGCGUGGUGCGCAGUCAGCCGCUGUAUACAUGUGCUCGCCAGACGCUGAGCCGGCUGUCGUGCGCCUACAAAAAGGAGAACCAAACCAAGAUGGUGGUGUGCGAUCUGGGGAACCCCAUGAAGGGCGGAACCAAGGUGCUGGCAGAGCUGCGCUUCAGCGUCCAUCAGCUGUCGGAGGAUGACACAGAGGUCCGCUUUGACCUGCAGAUGGUCAGCUCCAACCAGUUCAACAACACCAGCACGAGAGUGUCCAGCGUCACCAAACUUACUGUUGUAGCACAAGUCUCCAUACGAGGCACGUCGUCUCCCGGUCAGGUGUUGCUUCCCAUCGCCAACUGGCAAUCCAAAUUUCCUCCGCUCACCGGAGACGACAUCGGACCACAAAUAGUGCAUGUCUACGAGCUGCUGAACAGUGGUCCCAGCACGCUGAGUCAAGCAUCCAUGGAGGUGGAGUGGCCGUACGGAUACAACAACGCGUCACUGCUCUACAUCACGCACUUUGACACGGAGGGGCCCGUCAACUGCUCCACAGACGUCAAACUCAACACCCUCAAUGUCACCUUUGAGAGUCCUCUGGCGUCGUCGUCCUCUGUGCUGAAAAACGUCAGCGGAGAUCGACAGACGGAAGGACGCGAGCACAAGCGUAAGCUUGUCCGCAAAAGAGACCUGGAGGCUCGAGACCAAGACCUCGUCACGCUGGACUGCAGCAGGGCGGCGUGCGUUAAGCUGCGCUGUCAGGUUGGCCGUCUGGAGAGGAAGAAGAACGCCAUAGUCUUUAUCUACUCCAGACUGCACGUUAACAACUUCCUAAGAGCUGAGAAUGAGAACCGGUCGUAUGUGUUUGAGUCGAGCGCCUCGUUCAACGUCAUCCAGAUGCCGUACAAGAACAUUCCGGCCACGCUGCCGUCCAACAGCACCACCGUCAGCGUGUCGGUGCUAUGGGUGGCGGACGCCCCUCAGCCGGUGCCGGGCUUGGUGGUGGCGCUGGCCGUGCUGGCCGGUUUGCUGCUACUCGCGCUGCUCAUAUUCAUCAUGUACAAGCUGGGUUUCUUUAAGCGAGUGCGCCCCCCACAGGAAGAUUGUCUGGAGAAGGAGCAGCUGCAGCCCGAGGAGAACGGAAACACCGACACCUAGAGCGAGCCUUAGCUUAGCGCAGCACAAAGGCGCACACAUGAGCGCGAGCACGGACUCUUUGCACUUUGAUGGCAUCCGCACAAACUUUAACAGAAGAGAGUAAGAACAAUCCAGCCUGUUUCUCUGCUAAACCGAUGCUAAGGUAGCUGUUGAAGCCAAAAAGUACAGCAAGCGGUUCCUCAACAUGCUAGCUAACAUCUAUUUCCUAACGUCUCUUUUGACCAAAAUGUUUUUGGGGUUUUAACUUUUUUUGUUGUUGUUUUUUUUAAAUAAAAAAUAAUUAUCUUGCUAGCUCGCAGACAUACACUGGUCCACGCUAACGAGCAAGCUAGCUCACGAGACUAAUGGCUUUUACUCACAGAUGUUGACUCACAGCAACAACAUACUACUUCCUGUUAGUAUUGGUCUUUUUCCUGCGCUAGUAAAUGCGUUUGGUGCACUGAAUGUCGUGGUGAGAAAACGUGCCAAACGCGGAUGAGCAUUGCGGCUACGCUAACUCGAUCACCAAAGUGCUUCGCUAGCUCAGAUUGUCUGUAUUAAUUUUUUUUCUUUAAUGCUGAAAUCUUUUUUGUUGUCAUGUGACUUGAAAAAUAAAUUCUGUAGUCAACA